AAAACGAAGUGAUGAAUACAAAUAUAAACAAGGGUUUCAACAUGUUAAAGUAUAAAGAACUUGUGCUAAUGGUGAUUUAUGUGAUGCACCUAGAAAGCAUGGAUUGUACAUUCAGAAUGUACUGUGCAAAUAAGAACAUCACAACACCAGUUGAUCAAGAUAAAACCUAUGCCAUUGUGGGAGUGUUAAUGGACAUUCACGAUAAUGGGAGAAACAUUAAGGAAUGUGGACCAAUCACAAUCCAGGGUUACAUGUAUCUAGCUGCUCUCAGAUGGACAUUUCAACACAUGAAUGACAACAAUUAUUUAGAUGGAAUAAACAUAGGCUUAAGGGUGUUUGACACCUGUGGAUACAGAGAAGCAGCAGUGAAACAAGCCCUGGACCUUCUACCUGAGAUGUACAACACACCAGAUGAUGCUUAUUGCCAAGUGGAUCAAGAUAAUGCAUUUUUAGCAGGCAUAGUUGGCCCAGGUUUAAGUGAAUCUACAGUGUUUGUAGCAGAGGCACUGAAAGAUUCUGGUGUGCCCAUUCUUACACAUUCAAGUACUGCAGCAUCCAUCAGUGGCCUUCCAAAUGUCUUCAGGGCAA